UCGAGUUGCAGGUUCACAAUUCAGGGAAGAUGAGUGGCCCUUUGGCAGGACGUUUGGCACUGGUUACCGGUGCCGGAUCCGGUAUUGGUCGAGUAGUGAGCAAACUUCUGUCUCGUGAUGGUGCCAUCGUUGUUGCUGUCGAUCGGAAUGGCAAAGCUGCUGAAGAGACUAUUCAAAACUUGAACAGCCAGAGUGAUAACAGUGCCUUCGAAAUGGAUGUGUCUUCCAGCGAUAGUGUCUCGAAGGUGCUGGAUGCCACCCUCGAAAAGUACAAACGUCCUCCGAUGAUUGUGGUCAACUCAGCCGGUAUCACUAGAGAUAACUUCAUGCUUAAAAUGCCAGAAGAGGACUUUGAUGCCGUAAUCAAUGUGAACCUUAAGGGAACUUGGCUCAUGCUGAAGCAAUUUGGCAAAGCUAUGGUUGACCACAAAGUUAGUGGAUCUAUGGUAAACGUUUCGUCGAUUGUGGCCCGUAAUGGCAACAUCGGACAGUCCAACUAUUCUCCCAGUAAAGCUGGCGUGGAAGCAAUGACCAAGGUUGUAGCCCGAGAGUUCGGACGUUACAAUAUUCGCGUGAACGCUGUUGUUCCCGGAUUCAUCGUAACUCCAAUGACCGACUCGCUGCCACAAAAGGUGAAAGACAUUGUCGUCAUGCAGUGUGCCUUGAGACGUUUCGGAAGGCCCGAGGAAAUUGCUGAAGUGAUUGCCUUCCUGGCUUCGGACAAGAGUAGCUAUAUGAAUGGUACGUCGGUUGAAGUGACUGGAGGAUAAUCUCGAACUUAUGAUUGCUAAAUACACAUCCUGAUCGGUACAUCACUCAGGUUAAACAAGGUUGAAACAGAGCAUUUAAU